UCGACGUUACGUAAUAAAAUCUACAAAUUGGAAGCGGCGGAAGAUUUACGUACAGAUGCACCAGUAGUAGCGCCUUUGGGAAAAAGGAAGCGCUCAGGAAUUGUAAAUACUGGAAGUGCCACAGCAGCUGCACUACCCAGCGAUGCUUGCUCACUGAGAAAUAUUAAAUAUGCCUCUUAUUCUGGAGGCGACGUCGCUGCUGGCCUUUCUGAGUAA